AUGGCGCAACAAAGUAAAAGGAAAAUCGAAAGUGAAUGCAGGAGAUUUCAGACACGUUGGGGAAAUGAAUAUUUUUUCACGGAGGUGAGCGGGAAAUGUGUCUGUUUAAUUUGCCAGGAGUCCAUUGGGGUGAUGAAGGAAUAUAAUGUUAAAAGACAUUACGAAACAAAACAUCAGUCUUUCAAAUCGUACACUGGUGCUGAGCGCGAUCAAAAGGUGAAACAAUUGGCAGCUGCCUUGUUAGCUCAACAACAACAAUUUUUUCGUGCUAAUAAAGCACAGGAAAAUUCUACAUUAGCUAGUUAUGAGGUAGCUCACCUAAUAGCGCGGCACGGAAAACCCUUCACUGAAGGCGAACUUAUAAAGGAGUGUCUGAUGAAAGUUGCCACAAUAAUUUGCCCAGAAAAGAUGCAAGAUUUUAAAAAUAUCAGUCUUUCAAGAAACACAGUCGGACGGAGAAUUGAAGACUUGUCGGCAAAUCUAAAAGAACAAGUGACAGACAAAGUUCCCACGUUUGAUUUUUACUCAAUUGCGUGCGAUGACAGCACUGAUUCCACAGAUACUGCACAGCUGUUAAUUUUUUUGCGAGGUGUGGACAGUGAUUUUUGCAUUUCAGAAGAGCUACUUGAAAUGAAGAGCCUUAAGAGUACAACAACGGGAAAAGAUCUUUUUGAAGCCGUAUCAUGUGCGAUUGAAAACAUGAAUCUCCCUUGGGCCAAGCUCUGUGGCAUUACAACCGAUGGAGCACCAGCCAUGCUCGGCGAGCGGAAUGGAAUGGCUUCCAUGGUAUGCAACAAAGUUUGCGAAAGUGGAGGUGAGGCUGUGAAAAUGCACUGUAUCAUACACCAGGAAGCGCUCUGUGCCAAAGCCAUCCAGAUGGAUGACGUGAUGACCACUGUGGUAAAAACUAUAAACUUGAUUCGUUCAAGAGCGCUCAACCACAGAGAAUUCCGGGCAUUUCUGUCUGAUAUUGAUGCAGAAUACGGUGACGUAAUAUAUCACUCUAACGUGCGAUGGCUGAGUCGCGGCUCUGCUCUACGGCGGUUCUAUUCGCUGCGGUCUGAAAUUGACCAGUUUUUGAAAGAAAAAAAUCUGACACUUGAUCAACUCAAUGACCCUGACUGGCUGGCAGACCUUGCUUUUUUAGUUGAUUUGACCAGUUACCUGAACGCACUGAAUAAAAGCCUGCAAGGCAAGGACCAGCUGAUAUCGGAAAUGUAUGCGCACUUGAAAUCCUUUGCUGUGAAGCUAAGACUUUUUGAGAGACAAAUCAGUGACCGCAAUGCUGUGCACUUUCCUAGUUUGUCCGAAAUCAUCUCGAGUUUUUCAGACUCCAACAUCCCUGGAAAAAUGGAUAAAUAUUCGACAGUGCUCACAUCCUUAAUCACAGAAUUUAAUCAGCGUUUUCAAGACUUUUCCGCUAUUGAUAGCGACAUCAAACUGUUCUCAACCCCUUUCUCUGUUAAUGUAGAAGAAGUACAAGAGAAUGUGCAGCUGGAACUCAUAGAACUUCAGUGCAAUGAUUCUCUUCGCAGCCGCCACCAGCUUCUUCCCCUGUCCGAGUUUUACAAGAGUUUGGAAACAUCCAGAUUCCCCUUAAUCAAACGUCAUGCACAAAGGAUGAUGAGUCUGUUUGGCUCCACGUACAUAUGUGAGCAAACAUUUUUGCUGAUGACGCUGAACAAGAGUCCACUGAGAGCCAGGCUGACUGACAGCCAUCUCUGUGAUCUGCUUCGUAUCUCUACUACACGACUUACUCCUGACUUGACAUCAAUUCUGAAAUCCAAGGCACAACAUCACUCUUCACAUUAA